CAGAAACUGAUAUGCAAUGCAAUGCAACAUCCAAUUCCUUAUCUUCCUAACAUGCUCUCAAAUCUCAUCCAGUCACUUCUUUUUCUGUCCUCAACCACAUUAAAUACUUGUUCUGUGCAGUACUUCAAUAGUUAAUUGUGUUAUCUUUUUGUUAUCAUCUCUAUAACUUGUCCUAAUCUUUCUACGCCAUGAUUGUCCUAGUUUUGGCUUUGCAAACUUCUGUAUGCUAAAGGGUUGUGAGAAUUUCUUGUUGGUAUAUUUUUUGUUUUUCUGAUAAAGAAGGACUGGUUUCGUUGCUGCACAAGAGAAAAGAACUGACAUGAAAAUUCAGUGUGAUGUGUGUGAGAGGGCUCCGGCAACAGUGAUUUGUUGCGCAGAUGAGGCAGCUUUGUGUGCCAAAUGUGAUGUUGAAGUUCAUGCUGCGAACAAACUUGCAAGCAAGCACCAAAGGCUUCUCCUUCAAUGUCUAUCAAACAAGCUUCCCAGAUGUGACAUUUGCCAAGACAAGCCAGCAUUCAUAUUUUGUGUUGAAGACAGAGCACUCUUCUGUCAGGACUGUGAUGAACCAAUUCAUUCAGCUGGAAGCCUUUCUGCAAACCACCAGCGCUUCCUAGCUACUGGUAUCAGAGUGGCCUCAAGUUCUAGUUGCACCAAAGACAAUGAAAACAGUCACUUGGAGCCUCCCAAUAGGAAUGCACAACAAGUUCCCACCAAAGUUCCUUCUCAGCAAUUGCCUAGCUUCACAUCCUCUUGGGCUGUUGAUGACUUUUUGGAGUUAACAGGCUUUGAAUCACCUGAGAAAAAGGAAUCUCUACAAUUUGGAGAGCUGGAAUGGCUUACAGAUGUGGGUAUUUUUGGUGAACAAUUCACUCAGGAAGCCUUGGCUGCAGCUGAAGUUCCUCAGCUUCCAGUAACUAAUAAUAGCAGCAGUGUUGCCUCAUUCAGAACCUCCAAGUCCUACAUGUCACACAAAAAACCUAGGAUUGAAGUCCUAAAUGAUGAUGAUGAUGAUGAUGAGUACUUUACUGUGCCUGAUCUUGGCUAAGAACACGGAUUUCAUUUGGGAUGUUACAUGCAUGAUUGGAAAGAUGAGGAACAAAAUUGUUUUUUUUCUUCUGUAAAAGCUAUUUCAGUGAAAUGUCGACAAAGAUUGUUAUUUUCUCAAAAAUAAACUAUUCCAACCAGACACGAUGAUAUGAUGUAUAUUCAAUUAUUCAUACUUCACUAAGGACAACCAUUUUUGUAACUUGUGUGUGGAGUUGAUAAGUAUUGUACUGCUGGAUAACAUAGAAUUCCAUGCUUUUGGAGAAUGAAAUUUUCAUGUCCUUAA